UUUUGCUCCUCCUACUUCCACGAGUUUGUUGCCCUAGUGCUCAAACGUGGUUAGCAUGGUUCAUACAAAAACACAAAUAUAGACUUAAGCAUGUUAUUAUAUGUCAUGUUUUUUAAUGAGCGUACAUUUGAGAGAUAUUAACAACAUACAUUGAUCAAGAGAAGCCCUUUGAAAGGCACAGUUUUGAGAAAGCAACACAUCUAAACAUGUUUCUCGAAGAUAGCGAAUGGAAUGAUGAUGGCCAGGCUUCCCAUCCCACGAUCAAACCUGUCCUCCCCAGGCCAGUUCAGAAAUCGAAUCGCAUCGUUACGUUUAAGCCUAAAAGUGUUGCAAAAAAGAGCCUGUUGAGGACUCUAAAGAGUCUAGGACCUGCCCUGGAUCAGAAGAGCGACCAUGUGCAGAAGGACAGUGAUAGCGAAGCAGAGCCGGAAUCAGCACCAGCUCGUCCCAAGAGAAAGAAGAAAAGAAACCGUGGUAGAAAGAAAAAGGAUGAAGCGGGGACAGAGACUGCUGGCCCAGCCGACGUCAAGAAGGCUGACUCGGUUCCUAAAAAGAUGAAAGAGAAAGACAGCAAAGCGGGGUCCAUAAAGCUAAAGAAAACGGAUUCAGGCAAUGGACAGUCUAAGGUUACGCCGGAGAUAAAGGAGGAAAAUGAAAUGAACAGAAAGCAGUGGAAAACCAAGAUGAAGAACAAGAGAAAAUGUAAAAAUAAGUACCGGGAGAAGGAGCUUGUAGUACCUAAAGACACCGCAACAGAGAACGGAACGGGGGAGCAACAGAAAGCAGACACGAGUAGCAGCGGUAAAAUUAAAGUUACUUUUGUCAAGACAGUAUCACAGAACAAGGCCAAGCAGAAGGAGUCCAAACCACAGAAACGGAAACUAACUGAACCGGCACAAAGCAUAUCGAACACAGCCGAGGCACAGAAACCCAAACUAAACAAGAAACCCAUGAAAAACACGAAAGUGAAAGAAACCCGACGAGGGAAAACCGAGCAGAUUGGUUCUCUGGACCCUGAAGUGCCCCACCAGGAGGUAGAAGUGCCCCACCAGGAGGUAGAAGUGCCCCACCAGGAGGUAGAAGUGCCCCAAGCAGAGGGAGAGGUCCAGGAGGAGGAAGAGGAGGAGGAGGAAGACGACAAGCAGGAAGAGACGCCCGCCAUCAAGCGACAGAAAAUGCACAAGCUCCAAGAGGAGCGACGCAGACGGGAGAGGCUGCGGAAGAUGCUCCACAGCAAGCCGGAUGAACCGGAGCGCCCCACGGAAGACCAGGAGGAGAAGGAGGAGGAACAGGAGGAGGUGGCGGCGGCGCCCUUGGACCGCUCGGCCGCCCUCCGGUCCCGCAUGGAGCUGCGCCUGGAGGCGGCCCGCUUCCGCUACAUCAACGAGGUCCUGUACACGUCGUCGAGCGGCGAGGCCAAGCGCAUGUUCUCCCAGGACCCAGAGGCCUUCGGGGUAUACCACAAGGGCUUCACCGCCCAGGUCAAGCACUGGCCCGCCAACCCUGUGGACGCCAUCAUCGCCUACAUUCACAAGAAACCGGCCUCUCAUGUGGUGGCUGACUUCGGCUGUGGCGACUGUAAGAUUGCCCUCAGCGUGAAGAACAAGGUGCACAGCUUCGACCUGGCCCCCAUCAGCGACCUGGUCACCGUGUGCGACAUGGCUCACGUACCUCUUAAAGAUGGCAGUGUGCACAUAGCGGUGUUUUGCCUCUCUCUCAUGGGAACCAACCUGAUUGAUUUUCUAGCGGAGGCGAAUAGAGUGCUGGUCGUGGGGGGUAUACUCAAAAUAGCGGAAGUUGCAAGCAGAUUCGACGACGUUCGUGGGUUCUUAACUACGUUGUCACAUCUCGGGUUCAAGAUGAUGAUAAAGGAUACAGAGAACAGUCACUUCUACUCCUUUGACUUUAUCAAGACAAAAGACGUUUCGGAAGAUAUGAAGUCGUCGAGUCUUGAGCUGAGGCCUUGCGUGUACAAGAAAAGAUAGACCUGGGAAUGCAUUUGAAAUAUCUG